GAUCUGAGAGAUGAGCAAAGUAGUGCAGAAGGAUAUGAAAAAUUCAGUGAGGGUUCUCUUUAAAGAAGACGAUGUUCCUUCUCCAACUUCAAAUCCCACUUAUGAAUCCAAUCCAAAUGGAGAAGAACCAGCAACGCCACCACCUCAUAGGCCUCUUGUUAGCGAUGAAUGGGGUUCUUCCAACCAUAAAUAUCUUGAUGCUAAUAUCACUUGGUCAGCUCAGGACAAAGCUUCUGCUGCUGAGGCCGACGAUGCCGAUGUCGAUGGAGGAGAAGAGAGCGAUAACAAUGCCACUGCUCGACCGUCGACCGAUGGCGAUCGCUCUGAAACUGGAGCACAGGGACAAGAAAAUCAGGGCAAUGCUGCAGAUCCCAGCCAUCAUUUUAUUCUUUGCAAUGCCAAAAAGAAGAGAGCAUACCUUCCAUUAAAAGUUGGGUUAUAUCAAGCAGCUUUAAAGGGUGAUUGGAAGAUAGCCAAAUCUAUAUUUGACAUAGAUUCAUCAACUAUUACUAUGAAGAUUACUGAUGCUGAUGAAACUGCUCUUCAUAUUGCUGCUGCUGCAAAGCAUAUUCAUUUUGUUGAAAAUUUGGUUGAACUUACCUCUUCAGCUGACUUAGCUGCUAAAAAUGAGAAGGGAAACACUGCUCUUGCUUUUGCAGCUGCAUCAGGAGUUGUAAGGAUUGCUAAAGUAAUGGUUGACAAGAAUCCUGAUCUUCCAGAUCUUCAUGAUCUUUAUAAACCAACCCCUGUUCUAAUGGCGGUAGCUUACAAACGCAAAGACAUGGCUUCUUUUCUAUUCUCCAAGACUAAAUUUGAAGCUUUGGAUACUUCUGAACAGAUUGAGCUUCUUAUUGAAACCAUUUCCACUGACUAUUACGAUAUAGCAUUAGAAAUUCUGAAAAAGAAACCUGAAUUAGCAAAGGAGAAAAUGGAGAAUGGCGACACAGCUUUGCAUGUACUUGCUAGAAAACCAUCUGCUAUUGGUAGCCACGCCGAGCUUAGCUUUUGGAAGACAUCCAUAAACUCUCGCUUUCACGGACUUUACAACAAAGCUCUGAUGCAGACAUUAGCCCAUCAAACAGUGGAACGUCUAUGGAAUUUUGUUGUCAAGGAACUUACAAAACGAGAGCUAUAUAGUUUUAUAAAAAACCCUUCAAGGUUAUUGCACGAUGCUGCAAGAGUUGGAAACGCCGAGUUCUUGAUAAUACUCAUUCGUUCAUAUCCUGAUUUGCUAUGGAAAGUUGAUGAUGACGACAAGAGCAUAUUUCAUAUAGCAGUUGAAAAUCGACAAGAAAGUGUGUUCAGUUUAAUAUAUGAGAUAGGAGGACUCAAGGACUUUCUUGCCAACUUUCAUGAUAGAAAAAAACAAUUCAACAUGCUACACUUAGCUGGAUUACUAGCAGCUCCAGAUCACUUGAGUAGAGUUUCAGGAGCAGCUUUACAAAUGCAACGUGAGCUUCUAUGGUUCAAGGAAGUAGAGAAGAUCGUAGUAUCCUCCCAUCUUCAAAUGAGAUGUGAUCGAAUUCCAGAGCUUUCCCAGGUAAAGAUAACACAAGACCCAGUUGAUAAACUAACACCUCGCGAGCUCUUUACAAAAGAACACGAACAACUACGAAAACAAGGCGAGGAAUGGAUGAAAAACACAGCAAACUCAUGCAUGCUAGUAGCGACGCUGAUAGCGACGGUAGUUUUCGCAGCAGCGUUCACAGUUCCAGGAGGCAACGAUGACAAGGAAGGGAUACCUAUAUUUCGACAGAAUCAAGCGUUUACGGUGUUUGUAAUAUCCGAUGUUGCAGCUCUAGUGUUGUCUACAACUUCUAUACUCACGUUCUUAUCGAUCUUGACGUCCCGCUAUGCAGAAGAAGAUUUCUUAGUGUCGUUGCCGAGCAAGCUAUUGUUUGGGCUAUUGACGCUAUUCGUUUCUAUUGCAUGCAUGGUGGUGGCUUUCAGUGCAGCCUUCUUUAUUGCAUAUGAUAAGACAAAGGCGAAGAUUCCAUUGGGCAUUGGAGCUGUGGCGAUCCUUCCAGUGGGGUGUUUUUGUGUGUUUCAUUCUAAACUUGUAGUGGACAUAAUGCGAUCAGCUUAUUGGUCUAAGUUCUCUUUGAGGCAGCGUGAGAAAAGGCUGUUUUAGUGCAAUGGGUGGCUUGUCAAUGCCCAUCAACGGGUAAUUUUACUAACAUUUUAUGAACAUUUAAUGUUGAUUAUCAAACGUUUGAUGUAAUGAUGUAU